CAGCCAGGUGACUGCUCAUAAAGAGUCUCCCUGGGGAGACCUCCUCAUUCUCUUCCUCCUCCUCCUCCUCCUCCUCCAGUCCAGUAACUGCUGCAACCAUGGCCCUGGGUGUCCUGUAUCUGGGCCUUACCCUGCUUGGGGUCCUGCAGAGCCAGGCCCAGGACUCCACUCAGAACUUGAUCCCUGCCCCGUCUCUGCUCAGGGUCCCCCUGCAGCCAGGCUUCCAGAAGGAUCAGUUUCAGGGGCGGUGGUAUGUUGUGGGCCUGGCAGGCAAUGCUGUCCAGAAAGAAGAACAAGGCCACUUUACCAUGUACAGCACCAUCUAUGAGCUGCAAAAGGACAACAGCUACAAUGUCACCUCCAUCCUGUUCAGGGACCAGCGCUGUGACUACUGGGUCAGAACUUUUGCUCCAAGCUCCAGGGCUGGCCGAUUCACUCUGGGAAACAUUCACAGUUACCCUCAGGUACGGAGCUAUAAUGUACAAGUGGCCUCUACCAACUAUGACCAGUUUGCCAUGGUAUUUUUCAAGAAGACUUCUGGAAACAAGCAAUACUUCAAAAUCACCCUGUAUGGAAGAACCAAGGAACUGCCCACUGAACUAAAGCAACGUUUUGUCCGCUUUGCCAAGUCUCUGGGCCUUACAGAUGACCACAUCAUCUUCUCUGUCCCCACAGACCAGUGCAUUGACAGCUGAGCAGUCGGUGCUUCCUGUCUGUCCCCAAGCCCAUCUUUCCUGUUGCCAGAGAGCCACUUGGUCACCCCACCAGUCACAACACCAAUGAGCACCAGCUGACUCAUUACCUGGGUGGCACUGCCCAGCCACCCUUCCCAAUGACACCCCCUUGUCUGCUGAAUAAAUGCAUGUCUCCAGUU